AGCGAGAGAGAGAGAACGAGCAAGCAUGUGAGAGAGUCUGUCAGUAUGCAAUGUGUUGAGCAGCUGAACUUUACCUUGAACUCUCCUGCUCUCAGAGGACAACACUGGCCAAAUCUGAGCGACAACCGUUCUUUUUUUGGGGGGGGGGUCCUCAUUGUCGAUGCGUUUGUUUUGGUUCUUUUCUUUCUUUUGAUCUGGAUGCUUGCCCCAAAGGAAGUAAUGUUGCGGGAUCCCUCAGGAUUUUGGACAUUUUUAAAAAUUUGGACGCAACACUUCUAUUCAUCUUUUGUAUAGAAGUAUUUCCCUGUUGUUGUUUUUUUUCUCCCCUCUCGUUGGUAUUUCCUGCUUUUAUGUUUUGUUCUAAUCCCGUCCUUCAGGCCAGAUGAGUGUGCUCCGCUGGCACCGACUCUCUGCGCUCUGGAAGAACUGGAUGUUCAACCAGGAGCCAGCAGAAGAGCAGGACCAGAUCCCAGAAGCUCCAGGGCAUGAAGCAGAGCCACAGAAAAAGGAAGGGAACACGUUCAAGGAUCACAACUUAGACUUUCAGAAUCUAAAGGAACUUAAGGCCCAAAUCUUUGAUUAUAAGAUCCAGAAAUCAGAAAUUGAGAUCCAGAACUUGGAAUUUACAAAUUCGAACUCUGAGCUGUGCUCUCAGGUCUCAUACAGUGAGGAUCAGUCUUCCAGGUGUCCCCACACACCUGAAGGUUCCCGUAGAAGCUGCUGUUCUGAGGAAGGUGUUCACUCUGUAUUGCAGGUGGAUAACGGCAGCGAGGGGGACGACAGUUUCCUGCAGAGAGAGGGAUCCCAACGGAGGUCUAGGCGCCGCUUCAGGAGGGUCAACCCCAGGGGAGAGCGGGAAGUCAUCACAGACGGCCAAGAACCCGCGGGCUACAACACGGAUUAUGUCAGUAACCAGCUUCCUGCUGACCUCAAUAAGAUGCACCUAACGGACCACGCCCAUCAGCAGGUGAUGCACAUGCCCCCCAGCCAAUCAGGAUGCAGCAUCGCCAGCGACUCGGGGAGUAGCAGCCUUUCAGAUAUUUACCAGGCCACAGAGAGCGAGCUCGGAGAUGUGGACCUGUCUGGACUUCCAGAGGCUGCGGUGGACAGUGAGGAAGAGGAGGAGGAAGAUGAGGACCUGGAGAGAGCUUCUGACACUCUUCUGGGCCGAGACCUGGUCCGAGAGUGUCUUGAAAAAGAACCAGCCGACCGCAACGAUGACGACAUUGAACAACUACUGGAGUUCAUGCACCAGCUGCCUGCCUUUGCCAACAUGACCAUGUCUGUGCGCAGAGACUUGUGUAGCGUCAUGGUGUUUGAGGUGGUGGAGCAGGCUGGCACAGUCAUACUGCACAACAAGCAGGAGCUGGACCUCUGGUAUGUUAUCCUGAACGGGGCGGUGGAGAUCAGCCAUCCAGAGGGAAGAGUGGAGACUCUUUGCAUGGGUAACAGUUUUGGCAUCUCACCCUCAUUGGACAAACAGUACAUGAACGGGGAAGUUCGCACCAAGGGGGACGACUGCCAGUUCGUCUGCAUUGCCCAGGAGGACUACUGGCGUAUCCUCAACCAUGUGGAGAAGAACACACACAAGGUGGAGGAGGAAGGGGAGAUUGUGAUGGUGAAGGAGCACCGGGAGCUUGACCGCAGCGGGACCCGGAAGGGACACAUUGUCAUCAAGGGAACCCCAGAGCGUCUGAUCAUGCACCUGGUUGAAGAACCGUCAGUGGUGGACCCCACCUACAUAGAAGACUUUCUGCUGACCUACAGGACCUUCCUGUCAAAUCCGAUGGAGGUCGGCAAGAAACUGCUGGAGUGGUUCCAGUUGGACAGCCUCCGGGAUACGGUAACGAGAAUAGUGCUGCUGUGGGUCAACAACCACUUCAAUGACUUUGAGGGUGACCCAGCCAUGACACGCUUCUUGGAAGACUUUGAGAUACGUCUGGAAGCAACAAAAAUGAAGGGCCAUUUGCGGCUGCUGAACAUAGCAUGUGCAGCCAAGGCUAAGUGGAGACAGAUCACUCUGCAGAAGGCGUCCAGGGAGUCGCCGCUCUACUUCAGCGUGCAGGGCGGCAGCGAGAGAGGAUUCGGCAUCUUUGUUGAGUCGGUGGAAGAAGGGAGCAAGGCUGCAGAGACGGGACUCAAACGGGGAGAUCAGAUCAUGGAGGUCAACGGUCAGAACUUUGAGAACAUCUCCGUCACCAAAGCUGUUGACAUCCUCAGAAAUAACACACACCUCUCUCUCACCGUCAAAACCAACAUAUUUGUCUUCAAAGAGCUCCUUAGCAGAAUUGUGCAUGAGAAAAAGAACGGCGGCCCUCACAUUCCCAAGAUCCAGGAGAAAAAAGGCAAUCGCUUCUCCAUCCCCGACCUUCCCGGAGACAUGGAGUUUCCUACAGACCACAAGAGCACCAGGAAAAUGAAGGCCAACACUGUGUCAGGAGGACGAAACAAGAUCAGGAAGAUGCUGGAGAAGACGCGCUUCAGUAUACUGCCACCCAAACCAUUCAGUGAUGGUGGCAUGGGUCAGUCUCAGGAUGACAGCAUUGUGGGUACCAAGCAGUGUCGUCACAGCGUGGCCAUCAUGCCCAUACCUGGAAACCUGUCAUCCAGCAGUCCCGACCUGCUGCAGCCGGCCACCAGUGUCCUCGACUUCUCCAACCCAGCAGACAUCCCAGACCAGGUGAUUCGGGUGUUCAAGGCCGACCAGCAGAGCUGCUACAUCAUCAUCAGUAAGGACACCACUGCCAAGGAUGUGGUCGCCCACACUGUCAAUGAGUUCGGCCUGAUCGCAGCACCCGAGAACUACUCCCUGUGCGAGGUAUCAGUUAGCCCGGAGGGAGUCAUAAAACAGCGCCGCCUGCCCGACCAGCUCUCCAAACUGGCUGAUCGGAUUCAGCUCAACGGGAGGUACUACCUGAAGAACAAUAUGGAGACGGAGACGUUGUGUUCAGACGAGGAUGCCCAGGAUCUCCUCAGAGAGAGUCAGAUAUCUCUGUUGCAGCUCAGCACCAUGGAGGUUGCUGCCCAGCUCUCCAUGAGAGACUUUGAACUCUUCAGGAACAUCGAGUCCACAGAGUACGUCGACGACUUGUUUAAGCUAGACUCCUCGAUUGGAAGUGGUAAUCUGAAAAAGUUUGAGGAGGUGAUAAACCAGGAGACCUUUUGGGUCGCCACAGAGAUCCUGAAGGAACCCAACGCCCUGAAGAGGAUGAAGACCAUCAAACACUUCAUCAAGAUCGCCCUGCACUGCAGAGAGUGCAAGAACUUCAACUCCAUGUUCGCUAUUAUCAGUGGCCUGAACUUGGCACCGGUGGCUCGGCUGCGGAGCUCGUGGGAGAAGUUGCCCAGUAAGUACGAGAAGCUGUUCGGAGACCUGCAGGAUGUCUUUGACCCGUCCAGGAACAUGGCCAAGUACCGCAACAUCCUGAGCAGCCAGAGCAUGCAGCCACCCAUCAUCCCGCUCUUCCCAGUGGUCAAGAAGGACCUCACCUUCUUACAUGAAGGCAAUGACUCCAGUGUUGAUGGUCUUGUGAAUUUUGAGAAGCUGAGGAUGAUCGCCAAGGAGAUCAGACAUGUGGUGCGGUUGACCUCAGCGAACAUGGACCCUGCCCUCAUGUUCAGACAGAGGAAGAAGAGGUGGAAGAGUUUAGGGUCUUUGAGUCAGGGCAGCACCAACUCCAACAUGCUGGAUGUGCAGGGCGGCGCCCAUAAAAAGCGAGUACGUCGCAGCUCGCUUCUCAACGCCAAGAAGCUGUACGAAGACGCUCAGAUGGCCAGAAAGGUGAAGCAGUACCUGUCCAACCUGACGGUGGAGAUUGACGAGGAGAAACACCAAAUCAUGUCCCUGCAGUGUGAACCGUCCUACAGCACCUUGUCAAAGAACUUGAAUGAGAGACGAUCCACCAAGUCGGACAUGUCUCCGGUGUCUCUGCGGUCAACUCUGCCCUCUGGGAAAACACAAAACAGGGUCUCACAAGUCCUUCAGGUCCAGGUCCCACUUAACCCUCUACGAAAGAAGAGCACUGCCAAGGACAUAGGCACACUUAACUCAAACUCUCCCCAGGUAGUGAAGAAACCUCCAGUGAACUCGACAGAUGACACCAUCUCCAUCCUCUCCUCUCUCCACUCCAGCCCCACGGUGUCGCCGCAGGGCUCCCCACGCAAAGUAGGAGGCAUGGCCAAGUCCCAGAACUGCAGCCACAUGAACUUGUCGGGAUCUUCAUCAUCACUGACCAGCGACGCCAGCACGAAGGCCGGCAAUGUCAGCUUGCGCAGCUAUGGCAUAGGUUACACCCUUCUACCGGCUGGUAAAGCAGACAACCUGUCGGACUCAAGUCACAGCGAGAUCUCCUCCCGCUCCAGUAUCUGUUCAGUUGACUCCGUGCCGGCUCCCGGGCUUGACGACAGGUGUAAUAGCAACAACAGGAACUGUGCUACUACUGCUAUUAGUACUACUACAUUGGCUGCUGCUGUUGCUGAGAGCACAGUGGCAACGCAUGCACACUUAAAUGCUGAUUACAACCAGCCCAGCACAAGUAGUUCCACGUCGUUGGCCCGAGGAUACGUAGCAAGAGCCUCCACCUUCACCUCCUCCACCUCAACGGAGGAGCUGACCCCGGACCACACCUCUCUGGACUCAGUUGUUGACAGCGGCCGUGGAAGCUGGACGUCCUGCUCCUCCAACUCCCACGACUCCUUCCAGAGCCUCCCCGCCUCCUCCUGCCGGCCCUGGGACCACGGCAUCCACGGGCAUCCGCUUUCCCUCCCACACACGCACCUUGGUGGCUUCAAGCACACGCAGCUGGCCGGGCCGAUAGCGGAGGUCGAGACAGCCGGCGGGCACUCGUGGGCGAACGAGGACGCCGCCAAGCAGCACUCCAGAAACUCCAGCUCGGAUCUGUCCAAUCAGUCCCGGCAGAGCUGGGCGUCGUCCAGCUCGCUGUCGGACACCUACGAGGGGAAUUACGGGACGAUAAAGCGUCGAAACACCUCGGAGCAGCCCUCCUCACCAUCCAACGAGGAAGGAGGGCAAAGCACAGACCCUGUCUACAAAACGGUGACGUCAAGCACAGAGAAGGGCCUGAUAGUGUACUGUGUCACCUCCCCCGCCAUGGAUGAGCGUUACCGAGCUCCUCCUCCCACCCCUCCAGGCUACCAGGGUCUGGCUCUGGGGGAUCUCAGCCUCACAGACGGAGUAGUAGGUGGGCCAGGAGGUCUCCUCCCCAGGCCUCCACACCUCAGACCUCCAGACUACAGUGUGGCCCUGCAGAGGAGCAAACUCCUGCAGAGCCCUGGAGUGGCCGGCGGUCUGGCUGAGGCACGGAGGCUGGCUGCUAACCAUCACCUCCACCAUCAAGAGGCCCGGAAUGCCGCCGCCAUGCAGGGCCACUCCAGACCGCCCAGCAUGUGUCUCCCACCGCAGGAUCUGGCUGAUAGUGAGGAUGAUGAACAAGUGUCAGCGGUGUAAGGACAUGGACGUCGCACACAGAUAUUCUCACACGGGCCAAGUCGUGGUGAUCAGGCUUUGGACUAAGCUAGCAGCCUGCCAUCACCACGUAUCAGAGCACAUUCUCCUGUGUGAUCAGAGCUGUGGGUCAUGUGACCACUCUCCAUCUCCCAGAACUCUUACAGCCAUCUCUUUUUAAACCCAUUUUACAAAACAUAGAAGAAAAGAAAGAUACUUUUUAAAAACUCUUGAACAAAGCAGAAAGAGGCGGCGUGAUGGUGUCGCAUCACCGUAGACGGAUGUUUUUUUUUUUUUUUAAAAAAGGACAAAUAGUAGAAAGAAUAACGACGUCUUGUGAGAAGAAAUUGGCCUCUUUGGAAACAGACCACCAUGUACCUCCAUUUUGAGUUUCAAGCUCUCUUGUCUAAAGCUGUUUCACAUGGUUUUUACACUUUUAACAUGUACAGUGAAUUUUUUUUUUCCCUCUUCCUUUCAACUUUUAUAUGAGAAUAAUGAGGAGGAGCAGACAAAGGGACACAAAGGUGCAGUCAGUAGUGUGCAAGUAUUACGACGAACAUUAGCUCGUAGGGGAUUUUUUUUUUUCUUUGUUUGUUCUGCUGUUUUUGUUUGUCGUCAGCUUUCAGCUCGAAAUAAGAUGAAUGUAGAUGAAUAUGAUUCAAGAAAAAAAAAAACUGAUUUUGAGAUUUCUCCAACAAAGAAAAGGAAAAAAAGGUCUAAUGGGCCUCCAUCAAACCCUGGCACUGAUGAUGCACAUUUACAUAAUUAACUUCAGUUCCCACACAACGAACCAAAUGCACAGCAAAACAAACUUUAUUAAUCCCAAUACUGAUAUAUAAUACAGAGCCCCUCUGCAUAUUUUCCACUCCUCUUUCUAAAAGAGAAAUGACACUCCUAAAGUAAGAGAGAGCACAUCUGUUUGUGUGUACCACUUAUUGGACUUUGUUAUAGGGAAAAGAACAGCUUCUCCAGCAGUUCUGUGUCUUCAUGUCGUGCUCUCCGCCACCCGGCCACCUCUCUUAUUGCUCGUUCAGUCUGACGCGAGGUACUUUAGCGGCAUGCUGCCUCCUGGAUGUUGUGUAAAAACUGUAUUAUAACUCGUUUUUAAUGAGCUGAAGAACAAACGCAUCGCUGCUUCCUGUAGAGUAAAAACGCGUGUCAUCAUUCUAUUGCAGCAGCUACAAUAAAACAAUAAAUUAGCACUGUGCUGUCGCACAACGUGCAUGCAUAUACGCACACACACACACACACACAAUAAAUCAGUGUUUACACCGACGCUUACAUGUUUUGUUUACAGUGUUUAUUAGACUAGUCGUCUAUUGAAUUACAAGCUGAAAUGUUGAAGUAUAAUGCUCCAGGUUCAUUUGACCUUGUAAAUUUGUUUAUAAUGCAGCAGGAAUAUGAGACGCAGCAUAAAAUUUGACCAUGUGCUCACAGUGUACACCUCAUAUCGGGUUUUUGCUUCUUAUUUAAAAGGACAAACAACAAAACAAGUCCACAGAUGAUGUAUUUUAACGCCUGGCUUCCAUCUCCAUUCUCCAUGUUCAUAGUAAAUUUUGUAGAAUAUUUAAAGGCUUUGCUUAAAAAUUGUUUAUUUGUAUUGAAAACUGAAGUAAAUUUGUACAUUCUGAGUAAUGUUUUUGGAAACAGAAAAAUAGUUUUUAAUUGUGUUUUAUCUGCAAUGCAGCAGGGGUGUAACUGGAAUUAGGCUUUUUCUUCUUUUGCGGUCUGUCUCGCGCUCUGUGAUGCUUCUUUUGUAUCGUUUUGCCACACAAAGACUUGAAAUGAUUAAUGCUAAUAUAUACAUGGCAUAUAUAUGAAUUUAUACAUAUAUAUUUUUGUCGUUUCUUUGCCAUAAAUUAAUGUUAACUGAUCAUGUAUAGAUGAGAGAAGAGAGUCCUCUAUAAAGGCUAUUUUUGAAUAUUUUGUUAUAAGAAAUAAUCCAAGGUUUCGAUUGCCCUGUUUCUGUCUUCGGGCAGGAGUCUUGUUGUAGUUCAUGACUUGUUUUCUCCCCUCACACGCUUCACACUUGUUGGUGCCAUUUCUGCUCUGUAUAUAAUUCUAAUUGCUGCUGUGUUUUGGGAUACGACUGUGUGUCUUCACUGUUGAGUCUGGGCUUACAGCACAUAAAGAAAAGAAGUUAUUUUAUGUAAAAGUCCCUCUUAGUUUGCAGCUUUAAUUUGCUCCUGUGCCAUUUGUUUCAUGACACAAGGGGACAUCAUUCAAACUCUGUCUCGAUGAUUGAGAGGAGUUUGUAGAUGCUAUUGUGUGUGUUUGAACUGAAACAGAACAAGCCCUGCCAUGACGCCAUGUGUAGUAGUAUAGUUUCCCCCCUCUGCCUCUCUCUCAACCCUGUCAGCUCAGCUGGACUUUAAACUUUCUCCGCACUGUACUCGUCUGAUGGAUUUCACUGUAUCCACUGUGACCCUCAUUCUAGUCCCUUUUUCCAUUUUAAAACAAUCUCCAUAGAAGAAACUUUUAAACAAACUGAGUCAGAAAGUGACACUUUUUUUGACAACUAUUUUUUUGCACAGCUGUAUUCCUCAGAUUCUAAACCAUAAAUCAGUAUUAAUGUUCAGCAUGGAUAAUUAAACAGAUAUUGGCAAAUACUCCUUCCAAGAGUUGGCCCAGAUGUUUUGUAAUGAACGGCACAGAAAUCAGAGGAAAAGCUAUAUAUUUUUACCUGCUUUCAAAUGUUUGUUUGACAGCUAAACAUCGAGCAACAGUUUUGGUUUUUCUAUAAAAUUAUUGUUCGGGAUUUUAGUCUUUCCAUCAAUGUUGUUUCCUAGCUAAAGAGGAGUUUGUUUUAUUCCUCACACAUGCUCUAUAAGCACUCCAAAAUGCUACUUCUUUUUCUUUAAAGGCUAAAGUUCAUAUAGUUGUUACCCGCUCUUCUCCUGCUCUACAUACAAUUAGGUGUGUUUUCAUGGAGGAUCUGGCAGUGAGCAGCUCUUGGCACUGUGAACACAAUAUGUCAGUGUUUUUAACAGAAAACUGGAGAGGAUAAACUUCACCUCUCCCACAGAUUGAUGAAAAUAUCAUCAAUCAUCAUGUCCUGCUAUGUUACCUGGAAUGCAAUAAGAGAGAUGUGAAUGUGUUUUUAUGUAGACAUCUUUUGGCAUUACAGCAGAAAUGCACAACAAUAAGCUUAUAUGUGGUGAGUGUGCUGCACAAUCUGUACAAAGAGGUAUUAACUUGGUCUGUGGCUUCAAGUUUGCUUUCGUCUCACACUUCUCAUAGCUGUUGUAACUUAUGUCUUUUAGAAAGACAAAAUGAUUUUGCUCGUAUGCUUUUUAUGUAUUUUUUUACGAGUGACUGUAAAUAGUUGUUAUAUUUUUGUUUAAGAGAAUGUUUAAAAAGGAAAAAAUACCUUUUAUUUCUCCAAGUCUACUGAUAUGAAUUUGGAAAAUGAAUAAAAUGUUAAAAAAAA